GGUAAUUGUAUUUUGUGUGAACAUUUUUGUAUUUUUUUAAUGUACUGGAGGUGACAUUUGUGUUUCUUGGAGUUAAUAAAUAAACGAAAUUAAAUACAAACACUGAGAUUGUCCUUAUUUUUUAUAGAUCAGGAGUUGAAGAAGAAGUUUCUGAGAUGGAUGAUCUUUUGCAGUAUGUACUGGAGUUGUCAAGGGAAUCUGCACUUUUACCCUCUGUUAAGGGUAAAAGUCAGAAUAACAGUCACCAGGAGGCAUUGGUGAUAAGGGAAAAUGCAACAUUAAAUUUAUUUAACGACUCAUCUACAAUUGAUGUUCAUGAGGAAAUAAUUGUCGAAAGCGAGGAUCCAACAAAGCCUGGAUCAAGUCAGCAAAAAAUUGAAGAAACUCCAGGAAAAAAAAGGACCAUUUUAACUCCUAAAGGAAAUAGAAGGAAUGUUGGCUUAAAACAGUCAUCUCUAGACUAUUUACAAAAAAAAAUGACCGCUGGUUUGAAAUCCGGAGUAGGGAACUGGCACUCCAAGAGAGGGAGAAAACGUUACAAGAAGAAAAAUUUAAAUUGGCAAAAUGGGAAACAGAGAAGAGGACCGAAAUGGAGGAAAAAAGAUUGGAAGUUCAACUAGAUUUGUUUAAGAACCAACAGAAAUUAGUGGAGGCAAUUUUAAACAAAUCUAGUUUGAAUUUAUAAAAAAAAAUUGUUUUAUUAUUAAA